ACCGAAUUGUGCACACCCCUUGCUACGAUUUCGUAUUUCCUGAAAAAUACGUAGCCAGCCCUCGUGGAAAUGUACGGACAUAUCAGCCUCAUUCCUCCCUGGAAGUUGAUGGACCCCAGCCUGGAAACCCAGGAAGGGAAACCACGCCCGACCCGAAAGAAAGCUGGCCUCAACCCGGACGAUUUUAUGCCACCGCCGGACCCGCUGCUACAAUCAGACGCCUACAUCGAAGUAGACACCGACGCCGUUCCGCUCCGGACCCAAGUUGCCCCACCUGAAUCGGAGCCAGGGAUGACGGCAGACACUGUUACAGAUCAGGCGGCCGACUCGUCACAGCGGCGAGCGAGGAGGAAGCAGGUCUCGGAGGAAUCGGUCGAGCGCCCAAGCUGGUUGCCGGAGAACUGGAAGAUGGAUGUGAGAGUUCGCAACUCUGGAGCUACUGCGGGAACUGUCGAUCGGUAUUAUAUCGAUCCAGUUUCAGGCAAAAGGUUCCGGUCAAGCAAAGAAGUCCUUCAUUAUCUAGAAACGGGAAGCAAACGUAAGCCAUCAGAGAGCCCUGGGGCUAACCCGAAGCAGCAAAAGAAGAGCAGUUCUUCAACAAAGGAGACAAAGCCGACCCCCUUCUAUUUUGAUUUCGAGAAUCCACCUCAGAACGUGUCUUGGGUUCACACGAGCACCCCCGGAGACAAUUGGGCACCACAUAGUAUUCAUGGAAUCGUACCGGAAUGCAUUCAGACGGAGUGGAGUACAGUGUUCUCUAGUGUCACAAAAGAGAUGGGGCAGAACCACACCCCACCAAAGGACAUGAAGUAGUAAACCAUCAGCCUAGUCCUUGCAUCUUGCUUCAAUCUCGUCUUUUAGUUAACGCUCGGAUUACGGUUAAGUAUUUUUAUUUGGCCUAAAUAUGUAACUAAAAUGCACAGUUAUCUGUAUGUGUACCUGCCAUUGGACAGGAUUCAGGAGUCCUUUUGGCAGCAAUUUAUUUGACCAUAUUGUUCUUUCCCUGCUACCCGAAUGCACAAGCUAUUGAAGCGGGCGAGUAGUAAGAAAUUUACAGCUGGAUG